AUGGCAGGAUGUCCACAGACAGAUAAUGGGUCAGAGUAUAUUAUUUCUGACACAGAUUUACGUGAAGCGGCAAUAAAACCUCAAACAGCAGCUGUCUCUGACUUGAGUCAGCAAGUGUGGAUCCUUCAAGGUGACAUCCUUGUGGCAGUUCCACGGAGAGCUGAUGUGACUUCAGUAACUGUCACUGUCCUUCCAUGCAAGUUUCCCGAGUCUCUUGAGCAAGGCAAAGGGAUUCCCAUUUAUUUGGGGAUAGAGCAACCAGAAAUGUGUCUGUCUUGUGAGGACAUCGAAGGGCAGCCCACACUAAAACUCAAGGCAGAGAAGAUUCUAGAUCUGUACAACCAACCGGGGCCUGUGAAACCCUUCCUCUUCUACCACGAAGUGACCGGCAGAACCUCCACCUUCGAAUCCGUGGCUUUCCCUGGCUGGUUCAUAGCUUCCUCUGCCGAUCAAGGCCAGCCCAUCUUCCUCACUUCAGAGCAGGGGACGACACACAAUACUGCUUUCAAUUUAUCAUUCCAGGCUUGA